AUGAAAACUCGUACUGAAUGUUCACCAAGAAUUAUAAAAAGGACAAACAUAAAGCAACAGACAGAUGAUGCGACUAAGUAUGAUUUUUACCGACAAAUUAACCAUCUAUCUAUAAUGAGGCUAGAUAAUGAAACAGAUAAAUUGAAUUAUUCUUCGUGGUUAACUCGAUUAGAUAAUGAAAAUACAGCUUUAAAAAUGCAUCUCAUAAAAAUUUUAUUUAUAUCAUUAAGAAGUGAUCGAUCAUUUCAAAUGUUUUUAAAACCUCCACCCGAUGAUUUUAAUGAUUUAGAAUUGAUGUCUGAUAAUACAAUGGAUAUGAUUAAAUUCUUACAAGAUAAUAAUAUUACUGAUGAACCGUUAACCAACGAGGAUAACAGAAAAGAAAUUAAACACAAACGUUCAGCAGCUGUAGCUACAGAUAUGCGUUCUUAUACAACAAUUAAAACUUCACCUUACUUUGUGCAAUCGUUUUAUGUUAGGUCGGACUUCCCAAUUUAUACGUGGUAUAAUCCAACGUCUAUUAAAUUGCCGAGUAAUUUUGAUCAUAACCAAUGGGAACUAUACUUAAAUCGCUUUCAAAUUUUAACCGAAAGUAAACAUUUCAACAGUAAACACAGAAACCAAUGUGAUGAUAUUAUUCCAAUUGACCAAGUAUCAAAAGUAGUUGCAACCUCUUUUAGUUGGCAUCCGUAUAGUAUUUUAAGUAAUGAAGUUAAUAGACCCAAACGAACACCAGGCUAUAUUGAAAUUGAUGUAAAUAUAACAAACCAACAGUGCAACCAACAGCAAAUCGACGAUGCUGCAUUAGCAAUAGUGUCUUGUAAAAUAUUUCCUGGUAACAAGAUUUUAGAUCCAAAACUGUACUCUACUACACUAAUUCCGGAUGCAAAAUUUAUUUUUAAAAUGACUGGUGUAACACUAGUUAAUUAUUCCAACCUUCAGUCAAAAAAAGAUGAGCAGCAACCAAGUGCUUGCAAGUUAAGACAAAAAAAACAGAUUUCAAAAAACAGCUGUGAAACUUCACAUGACGCAAUUCUGGAACAACAGCCACCACCAACGCGGAUCGACAUUUCGGAGUUGACGUGUUCGAACAGGAGUGUCACUACUCGUGGUCAGUCUGCAGAACCCAACGAUAACAGAUUCGACGCAUCGGCCGCCGGCUGUGAUCCAGACGUCAGUUUUGACGUUUCCGCGUUUUCAGACAGGCGCGUUACAGAAGACCGGUCCGGGUUCCUGACGCCCGAGAGGAUGGUCGACGAUCGUCCAACGAUAAAACAUACACCGCCGUCACCACAAUCGCUGCCGUCACAGCCGUCACCGCCGUCACCACAUUUACCGCCGUCACCACAAUCGCUGCCGUCACCGCCGUCGCCGCUGCCGGCAUCAACGCCGUCACCGCCGUCACCACAUUCACCGCCGUCACCACAAUCGCCGCCGUCACCACAAUCGCCGCCGUCACUACAAUCCCUGCCGUCACAGCCGUCACCGGCAUCACCGGCAUCAUCGCCGUCGACCGCGGCCAACGCCGACGACGUUUGCGCAUCCGCCGCCGACUGGGAUCCAGACGUCAGCAGCUAUUCCGCGUUUUCGGACAGGCGCAUUACAGAAGACCGGUCUCGGUUUAUGACGUCCGAGAGGACGGUCGACGACCUUCCCGCGGUAAUAACGCGCGCACCGCCGUCGCCGGCCAACGAUUUUCGCGCCGACGACGACGCUGACCUAUCGGACGCCAGUUCCGCGGCGCCGAGCGAUUGGUCCGCCGAGACGGGACCCGAUCGAUGUAACUCGAGUAUCAUGCAGACCGGCCGAUUCCGCCGGGACUACGACAGUUCGGGUUCGCUGUCCACGCUGACUUCGGCCGACAGUUCGAUCGAAAUGCGGUUAGCCGCGCGUCGCGCUCCCGACCAAUACGUGAACUACGAUCGUCGGACGGACAAUUAUUUAGCGAUGAACAACUGCAGCGAUCGAUAUCCGCCCGAGGGCGGCAUGACGCUGGGCGCGAGCCACGACUUCAGCUUCCAGGACGACUUCAACCGUAGCCCCGACGAACACGCGGCCGCCGACGCCUGGCCGCCCGCUUACGAUCUCGUCGAAGACGUGAGCAUGCCGGGCUCGGCGGUCAUCGGCCCCUGGUCGUUGUCGAGAAGCGGCCAAGCUACUGGAUUUGGCGACUCCAGAGUUUCGGAUCGGUACCAUACGUCUUGUUCGGAGAGUGAUUUCGCGUCGGGACCGGACGACUACGACGAUUGCCCGAACAACUUCGAGUGAUCCGAAACGAAUGACGACCACGACGGGCGGCGCGCUCGUUCAGUAACAGCGGUUGCGAUUAGUGUUCGAAAAAUAAACGAAAUUUAACCGUUGGAAAUUGUGUUCGUCUCGUGUUUUACGAACGUCGCGGCGCGUGUUCGAUAGCCGCGUAAUAUUAUAUCAGUGCGCGUCGUACGUAAAUGUCGUUUAGAACAUUUAGACGGCUAAUGCAAAUAAUUGUUUACGUUUCCGAAAUUCGUCGACGUUCCUGCAGAAUUCGUACAGUUAUUAUUAUAGUGACAUAAAUCGAACACGAAAAAAUAUGUAUCACGAACAACAAAAAAUACCUUCAGAUUUUACCAAAAUCUAUCAAUAACGCACACGCGACACUAUACCUAUUAACCAAUUAGAAACUAAAACAAAUAUCGAUUAAGGGGCUCCAGCGAUCGUAUUUUUAGGAGUAGUACUUAGGCAAUUUAUUUGACAUGAACAUUUUGACUAUUACUAUAUGUUAGUAGUAAAUGAACAUAAGUGUGUGUAAUCUGUUAUCGCUUUUAUCAUUUUUUCGAUACUUGAUGACAAUUCUACAUAAUAUAAGUGAAAUUAGUUUUUUCAAAACAUUUAAUCCCAUCUAGGAAUGUUUCCAGAUACUUUAUUAAGAGAGAACGGCUAAAUCAUUAUAUUCAUAAUAAUAUCAUACCUGCACCAUAGUAUUUUUUAUUGUUAUAGUUUAUUUAUACUUCAGGGUAUAGAUAAUAAAUACAUACAUACCCCUAACUACACAGGUAGGUAAGUACUUGUAUGUGUCUAUAAUAGUUAAUGGUACCUAUGGUAUGUUUUAUUGAGUAAUUUUAUUUUUAAUAAAAUACAAUUUUUUAGAAACAUGAGUUUGGGGGGAGGGGAGGUCUCUUGAGCGGUCUCCGACCCCUUCAAAUGCAUACCAUUUGUUAAAAUGUCUUUUUUGCACCAUACUGAAAUUAGAUCAUUAUCUACUUUUUACUUAAGUGUAAUUCGAUCAUUAACUUUUUUUAAUACUAGUGUAAUGUAACUAAAAUAAGUGUUAUAUUUGACCAUACGUAUUUUCUGAAUUAACAUUUAGUACUCAAACGUUUCAAAUAGCCAAUUUUAAAAUGUAUGUAUAUAAUGUAGGUACAUGAAAGUCAUGGUCAGAUAAUGAACCAUCAUAUUGUCAUAAAUAAAAUGUACAUUUAUCAA